AUUAUAUUUAUGUCAUAAGAGUCUGUUUCAAUAAGCACUUUGAUACAAAAAAAUGCUCAAUAAAAUGUAAUUUAAAUAAUUAUAUUCAGACUUAAUGUAAUUGGGUAGGAGUAUUAGAAUUCUUACAUGAAUAGCAUAAAUAAAUGUAAUAUAAGGAUUGUGAAUGGGCAUUAGAAAAAUCAUAAAUGCAGUAGAAGAUAAAUGAAUUAGAAGGAGUAGUUAAAGGAUAAGAGAGAGUUAUAACUGAUUUGGGAAAAAGAUGCAAAAUGCUUGAAGUGGCCUUAAGAUAAGAGAGAUUGAAAUAUCAAUAAAAUGGAUAAGUUCCUGAUUAUUUGAAUUAAUUGUUAAAGGAAAAUAUAGAAAACUAAAGUUAGAUACAAAACUAUUAAACUAUCCCAAAAAGAAAAGCAAAGCCUUAUCGUCCGUUAUUGCAAAAGUAUGAAUAAGUUAGUUUAAAUUUAGAAUUAUCUAAGAAGUGGGAUUACAAUCUAUUUUUUCUCCUCCUAGUUCUCCUAAAAUAGAGCAUUCAAAUAGACCAUCAGUCAUGUUAACACCUAAUUAAAAUGUGACAUCAAUAGUUUAAAAUUCAGGUCGAUAAAGCCCAACUAAUAUGAAUAGUACAAGUGGAUUUCCUACUCAUAGUAGAAGCAAAUCAUAGAAUAUUAAUGAGGAGUAGCCAUAAGUAGUAUCAAAGGAUCCUGUAUAAUUAUAAAAUACAUUGAGACAUCAUUUAGAUGGUGUAAGAGAUGCAUAUUUUUUUAACAAUAUGACUAUUUUAGCAACAGUAUCAGAAGAUUGCUAAUUGAAAUUAUGGGAUUACUAAAAUUAUUAAUAAUAGUAAAAUUAAAUUGAACCAUAUUUAACAUUAAGAGAUCAUACAGGACCUCUUUUCGCUAUAGCAGGAAUAGAAUAAAGAUUAAAAGGAAUAUAGAAUACAAUAUAUAGUGCAGGAGCUGAAGGAGCAAUUAAAAUGUGGUAUUUUCCAUUACCUGAUGAAUGUGAUUAAUUAGGAUAAACUGAAGAAUUUUAAUAAUGUAGAAUGACUUGGUAAGCUCAUUAAGAUGCAAUAUGGUAAUUAAAAGUUAAUUCCCAAUAAACUUUAUUAAUAUCUUCUGCAGCAGAUUCUCUUAUUAAAUUAUGGCCAAUUUAAGAUUCAUAAUCUGAACCUAAAUAGCUCUAUUAAUUUGGUUAAAAAAAUCAAUAUGGACAUUUUGUAGAUUCUCCUACAGCUAUAUCAUGGUUAUAACAUAAUCCAAACCUUUUUGCAUCAGGGUUUAUGAAUUCUACUAUUCUUUCUAUUUUUGAUACAGAAAAUGGUAGAAAUGUUCAAAAUAUUAAAUAUUAAUCAGAAAAUAAUACAUCAGCUUAAAUCAAUUAAUUAACAUAAUUUUAAUAAUCUUGUCUAAUAUCAUCACAUGAGGAUGGUAAAUUAAGAAUAUUUGAUCUUUAAUAAUGUAUCAAUAUAUUUUUAUUAUUACAAUUUAGCUAAAUUAAUAUCACAAAUUAUUUGUGGUAAUGAACCAAUUAUUUCAGCAAUUACUAAUCUUAGUAAUACUAUCAUCUAUAUUGCAACAGGAAAUGUUAUCAAGUAUUUAUAUCUACUAAUAUUCUAAAUAGAGUUUGGGAUACCAGAAGAUAAUAAUUUAUAUAAGAACUAUAAGGACAUCAAUCUAAAUACGAUGAAAACAUUCAUAAUUUAGUUCAUCAUCCUAGUUACAAUUUAUUCGCAUCUUUAGGUGCGGAUGGAUAAAUUAAAUUGUUUUCAUCUAAAUGA